ACCAAUGCCCCUACUGUUCAUUUCGUGCUUCCUAUAAAUGGAAUUUGAAAUCACAUGUGCGGAACAAACACCGCGACAAACCACCUCCUCUCUAAUUAUAAUACAUUACUCUGAAAAGCUCAUGUGAAUGGAUGGCUCUGUGGCGGGUACAGGAAUGGCUCACGACCAUACUCGGCACAACUCACAGGGCAUCGGGGAAAUAGGGCACUAUAUAUCUUUAUGCGGGGAUGAUCGACUUCAAGCUGAUCGAUUAAAAAGGACAUGGUCUGGAAUACAUUAUGAAACAGCUCCAGCCUCAUCUAGUUCAAUGUUAAUGCAAACAGUGCAACAAAGUACUCAUCUAAUAGCUGCAAAUGAGUGGGUAUGUCCACAAUGCUUAAAAAUACUAAUGAAUGAACGUAGUUACAAAAGACACUUAGAUUAUCACCGUCAAGCAUCUAAUCCACAACACAGAUGCAUCCACUGUGGCAAACGUUUUACUUUUGCAGCCGACCUACAGAAACAUCUAAGGACUCACACUGGAGAAAAGCCUUUCAAGUGUUCUCGUUGUUCUUACCGAACUGGGGAUCGUAGCCAUUUAGCCCGACAUGUUCGAGCACCACAUCGAGAUGAGCACACUGCAGAACAAAACCAAGAACAAGCACAAUAUAUUUUUAGUAAUACACAGGAAAGAAAUUAAAAUUGUUUCUUUCACUAUUCCACUACUGUAUUGUCAUGUAUAGACAUUUUGAUGGUUUUGCUUAUUACUUUAUAUAUUAGCUAGGGUUGUUUUAAAAAUGAAAUUACAAAGCAGUACUUUCAUUUAUAUAUGUUCUUAUUGUUUUACUUUUACACUGAUGGGGAAUAUAACAAUAACAUAUAAAGAAUUCAGAAGAAUUAUCGUCUCUACCUUCUAGUUAUUUAAGAUUAUAAAACCAAUAGCUCCAAAUUUGUGUACUGUAUAUGGCAAUAACAAAAGAAUUAAUCGUAAUUUUAAAUAGUGUGUUAGACAUUUGAAAUACUGUAUUGAGAAAUGAGCAGAGCUUUCUUGUGAUCAUAUGUGUUAGUGUCAGGAUUCACCCAAGGAAAGUUUAUUAAUACAGAGGAAAUAUUUGCCAUAUUUGUUCAGUGCCAGACUCAGGUCCUUAAUUGUUCAUGCAGAUAUAGGAGUUAAAUAUUUAUGUGCUGACAGACGUAUUUACAGCAUACAUAAUUGAAAAGGAUCAUUUAAUGUAUUUGCGUCUUCUGAGGUGUCACUCAUUCUUAUUGUAUUUAGCAUCCAUGUGUUGACUUAGGCAAGUAAAAUGUCUUGAUACUUGUACAGUAUGUUGUUAUUGAAUACCAUUUGAAAUAUUGCAUUAAAAAUCAUCGUGUUUUAUAUUCUAAAGGAAUAAAUACAUUUGACCUUUUUUGAAAAUUGCUAUGUCAGAAAAUAACUUCAUUUGCUACUAUCUUGAAUAUAAAAUAAAAACUUUAUUGAAUUGUACAUUGAUAAAUGAUUGUAAAUAUAUGAAAUAUAUAUUCAUAAUGAAA